GAUCGAGCCCUUCCCCGGCCCCACAGGCCCGCUCUGGACGUGAGACGCCGGCCGCCUCCGGGAAGGAGAGGCGGGGGUCCUGUCGCCCGGUCCAAAGGCUCAGCACUUGUCUUCUGGCUCUGGGGCUGUGAGAAGGGAAGAGUGGUGCAGCUUCUGAGGCAGUAGUUGGUUUGGGUCCUGAGUUGAGGACUGUCAUCUCCCAGAGUCACGUCUCUCACCAGCGUCCGUCAAACUUCUGGAAGAGUGAAACCCCAGGCAACUCUUCGAGGUCAAACACUCAGUGUCUAAGAGGAGACCUUGGUCACCACAGCUAUCACAGUUUGCAGAUCUCGUCACAUCUCUUCUCCUCCUAUCUCCAAGGACCAUGACCCUGGGGAUUUUCCGAAGGGUCUUUUGGAUGCUGUCGGUGGCCUUGGGCCUAACUAAGGGAGACUUGGUGAAGCCCUCCAGGGGUCAGCUGGUGAACUGCACUUGUGAGAACCCACACUGCAAGAGGCCAAUCUGCCAGGGGGCAUGGUGCACAGUGGUGCUAGUUCGAGAGCAGGGCAGGCACCCCCAGGUCUAUCGGGGCUGCGGGAGCCUGAACCAGGAGCUCUGCCUGGGACGUCCCACGGAGUUUGUGAACCAUCACUGCUGCUAUAGAUCCUUCUGCAACCACAACGUGUCCCUGAUGCUGGAGGCCACCCAAACUCCUUCGGAGGAGCCAGAAGUAGAUGCCCAUCUGCCUCUGAUCCUGGGUCCCGUGCUGGCCUUGCUGGUCCUGGUGGCCCUGGGCGCUCUGGGCUUGUGGCGCGUCCGGAGAAGGCAGGAGAAGCCGCGGGGUCUGCACAGUGACCUGGGCGAGUCCAGUCUCAUCUUGAAGGCAUCGGAACAGGGAGACAGCAUGUUGGGGGACUUCCUGGUCAGCGACUGUACCACAGGCAGCGGCUCAGGGCUACCCUUCUUGGUGCAGAGGACAGUAGCGCGACAGGUUGCACUGGUGGAGUGUGUGGGAAAGGGCCGAUAUGGCGAGGUGUGGCGCGGUUCGUGGCAUGGCGAGAGUGUGGCGGUCAAGAUUUUCUCCUCACGAGAUGAGCAGUCCUGGUUCCGAGAGACGGAGAUCUACAACACAGUUCUGCUUAGACACGACAACAUCCUAGGCUUCAUCGCCUCCGACAUGACCUCGCGGAACUCCAGCACGCAGCUGUGGCUCAUCACCCACUACCACGAGCACGGCUCCCUCUAUGACUUUCUGCAGAGGCAGACCCUGGAGCCCCAGUUGGCCCUGAGGCUGGCUGUGUCCGCGGCCUGCGGCCUGGCGCACCUGCAUGUAGAGAUCUUUGGCACUCAAGGCAAACCAGCCAUCGCCCAUCGUGACCUCAAGAGCCGCAACGUGCUGGUCAAGAGCAACUUGCAGUGUUGCAUUGCAGACCUGGGAUUGGCUGUGAUGCACUCGCAAAGCAGCGAUUACCUGGACAUUGGUAACAACCCCCGAGUGGGUACCAAGAGAUACAUGGCACCCGAGGUGCUGGAUGAGCAGAUCCGCACAGACUGUUUUGAGUCGUAUAAGUGGACAGACAUCUGGGCCUUCGGCUUAGUGCUAUGGGAGAUUGCCCGGCGGACCAUCAUCAAUGGCAUUGUGGAGGACUACAGGCCACCCUUCUAUGACAUGGUACCCAAUGACCCCAGUUUUGAGGACAUGAAAAAGGUGGUGUGUGUUGACCAGCAGACCCCCACCAUCCCUAACCGACUGGCAGCAGAUCCGGUCCUCUCCGGGCUGGCCCAGAUGAUGCGAGAGUGCUGGUACCCCAACCCCUCCGCUCGCCUCACCGCACUACGCAUAAAGAAGACGUUACAGAAGCUCAGCCAGAAUCCAGAGAAACCCAAAGUGAUUCGCUAGCCCAGCGUCACCAGACUUUCUCUGCCUAAAUUAUGUGCUGGGGCAGAAGACAUAGCCCGUCUGGGUAGAGGUAGCGCGAGUGUGCAGGGUGCCCUGCCUGUGCCUGCUCAGCUUGGCCCCCAGCCCAUCCAGCCAAAAAUACAGCUGGGCUGAAAUUCGAUCCGCCUCCGUCUGGCCUGCUCAAAGUGGCCGGCUCUCUGACGCCUGGCUGGAUUCCCUGUCCCCAAGGCCAGCAGAGCACACCCCCUACCACUCCCGGGGCAGGGUGGCCAAGCCAGGGAAUCCCGGGCCCGGAUCCUGGGCUUUCACUCCCCACCCUUGGUCAACCUUGCUGCCCCAUCAGAGCUGCCAGGAUGGCACAGGGCCCUGUCCAGAUUCAGCAGACAUUCCACCUGCUGGGGCUCAGCCAGAGAGAUACUCAGCAGCCUCAGUGUCUCUCUGUGGGUGUUUAUUGCGCCCUGACUAGACCCCCUGGCUAGUGAAUGCUAGUCUCUUGGGAGAGGUGGUACCUGACCCUUCCACCCACCGUCCCCUUACCACCUCAGCUGACUCAUUAAGGCAUCAAAACCCAAGGGUCCUCUGAGGAGAAGGUCAAGCAUGGUAGAAGGGACCCAGCAUUGCUCCCUCCGAUAGGAGAGGACUUCACUGUCUUAGGAUCUUUUGUCCCAAUGUCCUUUGAGGUGUCUCAGAACCUGAUUUUCCUUGAAGCGCAGGCUGUGUGAAAGCUAGGUCUUGUCUACUACACCCCGUUCCUAUCACUUGAGUCAAGCUGUGGUUUGUAAAUAGCCACCACAGUCCAGGAUGGCCCAACGUGCCCCCUGGGCUAAUCUCCAGGCCCCUGUUCUUGCCUUGAGCUUUGCAAGUGGCCACCCUGGGACCUGAGCAGCACAGGAAUUUCUGACUCCCUCUGUGGCUUGGUCUUCUGCCCAGGGCUCCGGGAGGGGGUGGUGGCGGUGACUUCCUUUGGGGUCUUCCAAGACUAAAAAGAAAUUCGGCCCCUGUCAAGAAGCCUCCAGCAACCAGGGUUCUACUCCUCCUGGCUGGGACUCUCUGGCCAAAGCCCACACCCUGGGCCAGGCCCCAGAAAGUGCGCCUUGGGAGAACUUGGCCUAGAGAAACACCAAGAGUCCCAGCAUUUAGAAAUGUGAAGGGUACACCCCAUCCCGAACAAGUGAACUCGAAGCCUGAGUUGAUGGACUGGAGAGAAGCAGACUGUAGGCAAGGAUUAUGGAGGGUAAAUUAGGGCUCGGGCAAGAGACAAGAUCAGCAUCCAUCUUGGGAAGACCUGGCCUAGAAACCCUUGGCCUUUAAAGGGAGAAACAACGGAGACAGUUCAUCCUGCUCCGCACAUGUGCCGACCGCGCCCACGGCGCCGACCGCUUGAGUUCCUCCGGUGUGUGCUCCCAGCUCUCCAUAAAGUCACUCAAGACUGCCUUUCAGCAGUGUGCGAGGACCAAGGAGAACCAGGAAGUGAAACGAGAUGGAAAACAGAAAGUAAACGGGACUUUUUCAGACCAGUGGGGCAAAGUCUGAAGGUUCUCUGGUCACUGGAGCCAGGGAAUCGCUUUCUGACCUGAAGGGUUUUUAUUUCUACUGGACUUGGGAACAAAUUCAUCCUCAGAUUCCACAGCCAGAAACGGAAGACAGUAGCUCCUCCAGGCCAGGAAAUCCUAAGUGCGGGGGGGGGGGUGGUGUUGAACGACUGGAGAUGUGGCAAGGAAGGUGGCAUUCUCCAAAUGCUUCCUAGCGCAGGUGUGCAAGUGGAACCACACAGUUUAUGGAAGCACUUAGCCCGUGACAGGCACAUAGUAGGUCCUCAAUAAACCAUGUUUGACCCCCUGA